UAUAAGGUGAGGAGGGCUGUGCCAGACACCACUUGUCAUCAUGAAGCUGGUGGUCAUCCUCUCAGCAGUGCUGGCCAUCGCUCAGGCUGCCUCCGCUCAUGACUCAAAACCAUAUGGCUCUGCAUCCCCUGGUCAUGCCGAAAAAUCAAAAGGCCACUCAGAACUCCUUAAAGCAGAAGCUGACUCAGAACUCCCUGAAGAAGAAGAAGAAGAAGAAGAAGAAGAAGAAGAAACAGAACUUACCCAUGAACUAAAAGACGAUUCGGAACUCUCGGGAGAAGCAGAAGGGGACUCAGAGUUCCCCCUGGAAAGCAACACUCAUCGUCUCCUGCUGGAACCAUCAGAACUGUCAGACCUUCCUAGGGGUUACGGCGCUCCUAGUCUGGUUCUAGAACACCUAGAGCUUAGCCAGGAUUACGGUGUUCCUGAUCUCGUUAUAGAACACUCAGACAACCACUCAGAACUCUCCCAAACGUAUGGCUCACCGGAGAUCCACGUGCAUUUGUCCCUGUCAGAACUGUACGAUGACAGUGACGAGGUUUCAGAUCAUUACGGAGACUUCCACUCAUUUCACAACUCGCCCUCCUCCUCUUACUCCAUCCAUGACCUCUCCUCUCACUCCCUCUCGCACGGGUACGGGCACAGCAGUUACGGGAAGGAAUGCGGCGAUGGGCAAGUAAUACACGUGGACGGCAGCUGUGUCACGCCUUACGUCACGCGCAGACGGUACGUGUUCGAAGCUCCGAAACUGCCGCGCCACCCCACCCUGCCUCCGCUGCUGCCGCCACCGCGUAUCGUGAAGAAUGUUUUAUACGUGAGAACCCCGGAGGAAGACCCGUCACCGCCACCUAUCGUCCUCCCGCCCCUUGAAAAAAAUAUUGUGUACAUCUUGAAUAAACAGCACCAGGCGAGGCAGAAGAUCAUUGAAGCUCCGAUCCCGCAAAAGGAGACCCCGGAAGUUUACUACGUGAAUUACGCCGGCCAUGACAACCCCGAGCUCCCUACUGGUGGGGAUCUGCACAAGGCGCUUGCUCUCACCUCCCAGAGCAGUGAGGAGUCGAGUGAAGAUGAAUAUAGUGAUGAAGACUGAUUAUAUUCAUUAUCUUUUUUGUCUCUCCAUGGUGCUCUUGGUCUCUCUCUAUUUCCUUAUAAUUUCUUUCUAGUUUCUCGUAUCUCUUUAUUUCUUUUUCUCCACUUCCAUCUUUUUUGUCUCCAUUGUCAUCUCAUCUCUCACUUUCUUUUCAUCUCUUACUAGUUCCUCUUAUCUCUUUGUUUUAUCACCACUUCCUUCUUCCUUGUCUUUCCGUUGUCAUCUUAUCUCCAUUCCUUCGUUUUUAUCCCUUUAUAAUUUCUGUUUCAUCUUAUCUCUCGCUUCCUCUUUCUCCACUUCUUAUUCUAAUAUAUCACGUGGAUUUACUGUUUUGUUUAUUUAUUUAUCUAUUUAUGUUUGUCUCUCUUCAUAAUUCAUUUCUUACCUCCCUACCUCUCUCCCUCCCUCCCUCCCUCCGUUCCAUCCUUAUUUCCUCCCUCCUUUUUUUCAUCUUUCUCAACAUUUUCCUUACUUUUCUCCCUCCCCCUGUUAUAUUAAAUCAUAUUUCUUGUUUUGCAAUAAAUAGUUUUAACCUGCACUUUU